AAGCGGCCGGGGCGGGGUCGGCGCCUGUUUACUUCCAGUUCGGAAGCGUCUGUGCACCGCUGCGGUGCCGGAUCCAGGCGAUUGUGCCGCGUCUGCGCCAUGGACAUCAGCGACCUCUUCACCAGCUGCAGGAAGGGAGACGUGGGCCGAGUGCGGUACCUGCUGGAGCAGCGAGACGUGGAUGUGAAUGUAUGGGACAAGUGGGAUAGUACCCCCUUGUACUAUGCCUGUCUGUGUGGGCAUGAAGAACUGGUACUCUACCUUCUGGCCAAUGGAGCCCGCUGUGAGGCCAACACCUUCCACGGUGAACGCUGCUUCUAUGGGGCUGCCAGUGACACCAUCCGCCGGGCCCUGCUUGAUUAUAAGCAAGUGACACCCACCUCCAGGAGGCGGGACUACUAUGACGAAUUCCUGCAGCGGCUUCUGGACCAAGGCAUCCACAGCGAUGUGCUCUUCGUGGUGCACGGGAAGCCCUUCCGGGCCCAUCGCUGCAUUCUGGGUGCACGCAGCACCUACUUUGCCAACAUGCUGGAUACCAAGUGGAAGGGCAAGAGCAUCGUGGUCCUCAGACAUCCACUGAUCAACGCGGUGGCCUUUGGGGCCCUGCUGCAGUACCUGUACACAGGUGGCCUGGACGUCGGUGUGGAACACAUCAUUGACUGCGAGCGCCUGGCCAAGCAGUGCCAGCUAUUGGAUCUGCUCAACGACCUGGAGGCCAAGUGUAAGGAAGUGUCUGAGUUUGUGGCAUCCAAGCCAGGCACUCAUGUGAAGGUGCUGAGCAUGAGGCCCCCUGCAGAGGACCCCCGGCUCCGGGAGGACCUGGCCCUAUUGGCUGACUGUGCCCUGCCCCCUGAGCUCCGCGGUGAUCUUGGGGAGCUGCCUUUCCCCUUCCCUGAUGGCUUCAACAGCUGUCCUGAUGUUUGCUUCCGAGUGGAGGGUUGCAGCUUCCUCUGCCACAAGGCCUUCUUCUGUGGCCGCAGCGACUACUUCCGGGCCCUGCUGGAUGACCACUUCCGAGAGAACGAAGGGCCAGAGGCCUCUGGUGGCCCCCCGGCCAUCACCCUGCACGGCGUCUCGCCACACAUCUUCACCCACGUGCUCUACUACAUAUACACCAACCACACCGAGUUGCCCCCGGAGGUGGCCUAUGACGUGCUGAGCAUGGCCGACAUGUACCUGUUGCCAGGCCUGAAACGGCUGUGCGGCCGCAGUCUGGCCCAGCUGCUGGAUGAGGACAGCGUGGUAGGCCUGUGGCGCGUGGCCAAGCUGUUCCGCCUGGCACGGCUGGAGGACCAGUGCACCGAGUACAUGGCCAAGGUUAUCGAGAAGCUGGUGGAGCAGGAGGACUUUGCGGAGGCUGUGAGGGAGGAGGCGGCGGCCGUGAGAGGCCGGCAGGAGCAGGACUCCAUCCCUCUGGUGGAUGACAUCCGCUUCCACAUCACCAGCGUGGUGCAGACCUACAGCAACAUCAAGGAGAUGGAGCGGCGGCUGCACGCCCUUGAGGACCUGCUGGUGUCCAUUGGCCUGGACUGCUGACUGACACGGGGCCAGGGGCUCCCUGUGGACUGCGCACGUGGUUUGGGCAGCCGUGUGCUCUGUGUGCUCCUCGCACCCUCCAGGGCGCUGUGGUGUGUGGAAGAGACUCAAUGGCUCCCUGCCCUGGUGUGCUUAGAGGCCCCAGGGCGGAUCCCCUGAGGACAAGCUUCCUCCCCAGGGCACACGCCAGCCCCCUCCACCCUGGGGCUGGGCGCCACUCAGGGAAGCCUGGGGUGUGACCUCUCAGCCUCCUUCCCCAGGCCCCCCUCCCCGCCUCUCCCUGGCUGCUUGCUUCCUCAAACCAAGCCACCUUCUCACAGGCACAGAGAUGGCCAGGAGGGAGCAGCAGAGUCUGUGUGGCAAUAAAGCUUGAAUUCACUGGGAA